CAGCGACAAGCCGUGGUAAGGCGAGGAUUCACCCUUCCCAUAUUAAUGCGGCCCUACUCUGACGUUGCCGGACAUACUGUGGAACGCGCAAGGUGCAUGAGUCCCCUGUUUUCAUAGGCUAGCGAUCCCGUUGAGUCGACUACCUGCAGAUGAAAGGUACAAUGAAACCCUCUAUUUCGGCGAGCAAAAGGCGCCGCGGCGGACGCAUGCUGUGCUUACAGGCAAUAUCGAAGGUAAAAGUAUAUUCACUAGGAUAAUUGCAACAUAGCUUGGUAUUCCAUCGACUGCUAUAAAGCGAAAGCUCAGCCCAGUGAAACCGUCUCCACAACACCAACUGCAUCCACAGUCUCGACGACACUUCUAUUCUCAGCAAUCAUCAUGUUCACUAAGACACUCUUUUCCAUCGCCCUAGCGGCCUCUGCUGCUCUUGCUGCCCCCGCCUCAGGUGGCGCUGUUCCCAAGUGCCCCAUCGUUUUCGAUGGCCGUGUUCCUCUCAACGCCACUCUCGAGUCUUUCGAUUCCGCUGCUACCAACACCCUCUUCAACGCUGGCUUCGUCAAGGGCAACAACUUGACCUGGUCUCAGAUUCUCAAGUUCCCAAACGUUGGGGCCUCGCGCUUCGAUUGCGGCUUCAAGCCUCUUGAGCUCACCAUCUCUGAUGCAUCCAUCUUCAUGAAGCAGGUCGGAUUCCGUCGCGCUGAGCUCCAGUUUCUCAAGGAUGCUGCCGAUGGCGAGGGUGGUAAGGGCGUCAAGACCCUCCACUGGAGUGUCAAGCAGAAUCCUCAGAGGGCCUUGAACCUGACCCACGAGUACCUGAACGUGUGGCACGAGGCCGCUGAUUUCAGCAACAACCAGAUCCAAUUCCAGGCCGGAACCCUCAUUGGCAAGAGCGAUGCCGACAAGAGCAGCUUCAAGAUUCUCGACCGCACCAACAAGCAGCUUUGGGCUACCCCCAUUGACUUCACCAACUGGCAGAACUUUGCCAUGACUCUCAACUACGUCAAGAACGAGGUUACCAUCUUCUACAGCAAGGGCAAGAGUGCCCUCAAGAAGGUCGCCGGCCCCAUCACCACUGACCUUUCUGGUGGCGGCCAGUACCACUGCGGCAUGCUCAAGAAGCCUACUGGUACCUCUGACGUUGCCAACGCUGGUUUCCAGGAGUCUCCUCUUGAUGAGAGCCAGAUCUACGGCGGUCUCUUCCUCGAGGACUCUUCCAAUGGCUGUGUUUCUCUCUAAAUCAGCGGUUGCCUCACGGCAACACGGAGAGCUUGGGGUCUCGAGAUGGACAUGGUCAGGGAACAAUGCUGGUGCAUAGUAGAUUUUAGAAGUGCAUGUGGAUCCGUGUAGAUUUGGACUUUUCUAGUGUGAGAAUCUCGAGGUUGUGUUUUUAGUGCUUGUA